GCUUCACCGACCGGCAAAUUUGAAUAAUUGUCUUUCUGAGUUGAGGGCGAUGGGGAGGGUGUCCAAGGUACAUCUCUAGCUCCAAAUACAAUGAUAUAUCUAAUGAUAUAGGACACUGGCCUCUUCGUCCAAUUUCAAGGAUGGUUCCAAUCAACCGACCAUGUCUUCUUCGCGAUGGAAUAUUGUCCUUUAGGAGACAUCGCCAACUGCUACAAUAACCCUCUCCCAGAGUCAGUGACACGCAAUGUCGGUCGACAGGUUCUCGAAGGACUGGCAAAGCUCCAUGAAAUCGGAAUCAUCCACAGAGACAUCAAGCCACAGAAUAUCCUCGUUCUCCAAAAGGACCCGAUAUGGGUGAAGAUCAGCGACUUUGGAAUCAGUAAACGUGUUCUCGAUGGUCAAACUGAGCUUCGAACUCGCGCUGGGACGGAGGGAUAUGUUGCACCGGAAGUAUUCGGGCUUGUUGAUGAUUGUGCUGAGAGUUCAGCUUAUACCAGCGCUGUCGAUAUCUGGUCGCUGGGAUGUUUACUGCAUUACCUUCUAACAAAGAGUCCCCCCUUUAUGACACUGGCUGCAUUGCGGGAUUAUUGUUGGGAUCCGAUGGAGUUCCCUGAAGAGUUCCUGAUUGCAGAAGAUGUCGGAGAUUCGGGGAGGAAGUUCAUCAAAGAUCUUCUUACCCUUGAACCCGAGAAUAGACCAAAGACUUCCGUUGAUAUACUGUCCAAGUGGCAGAUUAAAAAGACAGCACCGAAGCCAACAAGGCGAGUUCCAACGGAGGAAAGUUGGGAUGGAAGCGAAGAGACAUUUGUUCAUGCAGAUCUGACCAAUCUAGAUGAUAAUAUGGUAUGAUACUCUCAAUUACUUGAUUACUAUACUAAUAAUGACAGGACUACCACUCACUCGAACUCUGGAACGCAACAAAUAAUAACAUCGACAUCGACAGAGUCACAGCGCUCCUGGAACUCAGCGCAAAUCCAAACAAA